AUGGCCAUUUUCUAUUUUGCUCGCUGUACCAGAUCACAUUCUAACUCUCUUGCAAGUGCAGGCGCGUGGUUGACGGCGGUGCCGUACGCAGACUCGCUGUGCAUCCCAGAGGUGCAGUGGCAGGUGGCCUCAGCUUUCCGUCUCCGACUCCCUAUCCCCCAACUAGCCCUCGCAGGGCAGGAGGGCCGAGAGGGGCAGGAUGGGCUGGCUAGUGGGGGAGAGGAGGGGGGACAGCAGCAGCAGCAGCAACAGCAGCAGCAGCGGCAGCCGCAGCAACAGCAGCAGCUAGGCCAGCAGGGGCAAAAGGGGCAGACCCAUAGGGGUGAGGAGAGGGGAAAGCAUGGACAGCAGCAGCGGGGCCAGCAGGGGCAGAAGCGGAUGGCUAAUGGGGGAGAGGAGAGUGGACAGCAGCAGCAGCAGCAGCAGCAGCAGCAGCAGCAGCAGCAGCAGCAGCAGCAGCAGCAGCAGCAGCAGCAGCAGUGA